AUGCCCGGUCAAAAGAUUCUCUGCGUCGCAGAAAAGCCUGCGAUAGCCAAGGCAGUUGCCCAACAUCUCGCUGGCGGCAGAGUCACCACGCACUCUAUACGAGGCAACCCGUAUGUGAAGAACUAUGAAUUCGAUUUCAACUUCCGACAAUGGGGCAACUGCUCUGUGACCAUGACCAGUGUGCUUGGCCACAUGACAAGCCUGGAUUUCGACCAGAAAUACAAAAGCUGGAAAUCCUGUCAACCCGGUCAGCUAUUUGAGGCCGAGACCGUCACCACUGUCGACAAAGACAAGAAGGCUCUUGCGGACAAUCUCAAACAACAAGCCCGAUAUGCCAGGAUUCUGUUCAUUUGGACCGAUUGCGACCGUGAAGGUGAGCAUAUUGGUGGUGAAGUACGCGAUCAGGCUAAGAAGGGCAAUCCGAACAUCAUUGUCAAGCGAGCUAAAUUCAGCAACACCGAAAGAGCUCACGUUAUACAAGCGGCGCAUUCUCCCCUUGACAUGGACGAGCGCCUGGUCAACGCCGUCACCGCCAGAAUCGAGCUUGACCUGCGGAUAGGCGCGUCUUUCACUAGACUCCAGACACUACAGCUGCAGUCUCUGAGUGAGAAUCUGAGUCAAGCAGUAAUUAGUUACGGAUCGUGCCAAUUCCCUACCCUUGGUUUCGUCGUCGACCGAUAUAAUCGAGUGAGGAACUUCAAACCAGAAACCUUCUGGCUGAUCAAGUUGAUGCACAUUCGUGACAGGAUCAAAGUCAACUUCAACUGGAGAAGGGGCCAUCUUUUCGACCGAGCCGCUGUCACUAUUAUUUUCGAGGCAUGCCUUGACGAAAAGUAUGCCACAGUCACAAAAGUACAAAAGAAACCCACUUCAAAAUGGCGUCCACUACCCUUGACCACAGUGGAAUUGCAGAAGCAAGGCAGUCGUUUUCUUCGCAUGAGCAGUCAGCAAGUCAUGUCGGCUGCUGAAAAGCUCUACCAGCAGGGGUUCAUCAGCUACCCGCGUACCGAGACUGACCAAUUUCCUCGAGAGUUUGGUUUUGACCCCAUCAUUCAGCGGCAGACACAGAACAACCAGUGGGGACAAUUUGCGCAAGGUCUGUUGGAUGGCGGAUUCCGAACUCCUCGAUCAGGAAGUCACAACGAUCAAGCACAUCCUCCCAUUCACCCGGUCAAUUAUGCCGAUGCAUCCGCACUCCAACAAGAUCAGAAGAAAGUAUACGAGUUCGUCGUCCGGCGAUUUCUUGCUUGUUGCUCGGAAGAUGCGAAAGGAGAGGCCACGGACAUCGAAGUGCAAUGGGGUUCCGAGACAUUCCACACUCAUGGUCUCCUCGUACUUCAACGCAAUUAUCUUGAUGUCUACGUCUAUGACAAAUGGGAAAGCAGUCAGCAAUUACCGGCAUAUACUGCAGGCGAGACGUUCGAACCCGUCGAAGCGAACAUGACGGAUGGGAAAACAACGGCUCCAGGAUACCUGACUGAGCCCGAACUGAUAGCCUUGAUGGAUGCAAAUGGAAUCGGCACCGAUGCCACGAUGGCCGAGCAUAUUACCAAGAUUCAGGAGCGGCUGUACGUUAAUACAAGACCAUCCACUGGAGGUGCGCGCAACCGAGUUCAGGAAUUCAUACCUACUACACUCGGGGUGGCCUUGAUCGAAGGCUACGACAACGUUGGACUCGACGUCAGCGUCAGCAAACCGUUCCUUCGCAAAGAGAUGGAACUCAAAAUGAAGGCGAUCUGCGAGGGACGGCGGAGUCGGUCAGAUGUCGUGCAAGAGAGCUUGGACCAGUACCGCGAAGUGUUUAUCAAGACUAGCCAGCAGAUCAGUACUCUGAAGGACGCUGUGACGAAGUAUGUGGUGAAUGGCGGCAGAUGA